AUGCAUGAAACUUCUACACAAACAGGAAACAAAUGGCUUAAAGAGAUAUUAGAAGGGAAUAAUAGCCGUUGUUGCAGCAUGUUUAGGAUGGAAAAAGAUGUUUUCAAAAGACUAUGCUAUGAUUUGGAAACAAACUAUGGUUUAUGUGCCUCAAGGAGAAUAAGUGCUACAGAAAUGCUAGCAAUGUUCCUAUUUGUACUAGGAGGUGAAAACUCAAAUAAGUCAACUAAGGAGCGGUUUCAACAUUCCGGUAAAACAAUAAGUCGAAAAUUUGAAGAAGUGCUACAAGCUGUGUGCAAAAUGGCCAUAGACAUUAUACAACCAAAGGAUCGUGAUUUUAAAGAAGUGCCUACAAAAUUAAAGAAUGAUGAUAGAUAUUGGCCUCACUUUAAGGAUGCAAUUGGUGCUAUAGAUGGAACUCAUGUGCCAGUGAUUGUGUCUACUGAAGACCAAAUUCGAUUUAUUGGUAGAAAAGGAAUUCCAACCCAAAAUGUUAUGGCUGCAUGUAAUUUUGAUAUGGAAUUUACUUUUGCUUUGGCCGGUUGGGAAGGGACAGCUCAUGACACAAGAGUAUUUUUAUAUGCAAUUGGUACAUAUGAGUUGAACUUUCCAAAACCUCCACCAGGUAAAUACUAUUUAGUAGAUGCAGGCUAUCCAGAAAAGAAAGGUUAUCUAGGACCAUACAAAGGAGCAACAUAUCAUUUGCCAGAAUUUCGUCGUGCUAAUGGACCUUCUGGAUACUACGAAAUAUAUAACUAUGCUCAUUCUUCACUUAGAAGCGUGAUAGAACGUACAUUUGGAGUUUGGAAAAAGAGAUGGAAAAUUUUACGAGAUAUGCCUAGUUUUAGCUAUAAAAAACAAAUUCAAAUUGUUAUUGCAACAAUGGCUCUGCAUAACUACAUUAGAUGUUAUUCUACAAGUGAUCAUAAGUUUAAAAAAUAUGACCAGAUGGACGUUGAGCUUGAAGAAGAAGAUGGAUAUGGCGAUGAAGGUGAAGCUGAAAAUGGAGUUGAAAAAGUUGGAGAUGAGUUUCUUGGAACUAUGGAGAUGGUUCGAAAUAAUAUAGCAUUAAGUUUGAUUGGUGGAAAAAAUUAG